CAGCACCGCUCAUCAAUUAUUCCAUCGUACAGCUCUAACCCUUUCAUCCCACAACAAAACCUUAAUCACAUCCAUUGCGCCGUUUCUUCUCUAUCCGUGCUAAUUAAAGGCAACAACUCAAAAGCAUUUACAGCUCGGAGUGCUCUUUCAUUACCGUUCAUAACUACGGCAGUGCCAAAUACUUCCGUUUCCGUGGCAGGUACGGUUGACCGUUCGUUCAUUCCCUUCGCACAUUCUAAUGUGCACCAGGGCAUCAACGUGAUUGAGCGUAUGGUGCUCAUUUCAUGUACACUGCAACGCUUCUCUGUGUAGCAACGGUUUAUGCUGUUGUUAACCGAUCGUUUAACGUGCCAAACCAUUUUUACCGCUAUUGCCGAUCAUUUAAUUUAUCAGGUACUUAAACCCUGUCAAGAAUUACCCCCAUGAUCGUAGGGAUAAACGGCUUCGGCCGCAUAGGAAAAAUUGUGUACAAGGUGAUGCGCCAGCGUGGGCACAGAGUGCCGCUCAUAAAUGAUCCGGCACUUGACGCUGCCACAGCAGCGUACACCCUGAAGUACGACAGUAUUACGCCGCAAAAGAGCAGUGCAACAAAAACAAGCGAGGACGAGUUCAGGUACCUGGACGAAACGACCAAGUUGACCACGCACUGCAAGCCUGAGCACAUUCCUUGGAAGGAUCACGGCGUAGAGGUGGUGAUAGAGGCGAGUGGCUUCUUCCUGGAGCAGGAGAAGUGCAUGGGACACGUGCACGCAGGCGCUAAAAAGGUUGUGAUCACAGCACCAAGUCCAGAUGCAAAGAUGAUCGUGAUGGGCGUUAAUGAACACGAUUACAACGGCGAGCAGGUCGUGUCAAACGCAAGCUGCACCACAAACUGUCUUGCGCCUGUUGCCAAGGCAAUUCAUGACGAGUUUGUGAUCGUGGAGGGAUUGAUGAGCACAAUACACGCAGCCACGGCAACACAAAGGGUGGUGGAUACGGUGUCCAAGAAAAAUAUGCGGCUCAGUAGGUCGUUCAGCAAUAUCAUACCGAGCAGCACGGGUGCUGCAAAGGCGGUAGGAAAGGUUAUACCGGAUUUGAACGGCAAGCUGACAGGCAUGGCAUUCAGGGUGCCUGUGAUGAAUGUGAGCGUGGUUGAUCUUACGGUACGAACACAGAAAGAGUGCACGCUUGAGCAGAUCAAUGAGUGCAUACGAAGAGCGGCACAGGGAAGGAUGAAGGGCAUCCUUGAGUAUACCGAUGAAGAGAUCGUGAGCUCAGAUGUUAAUGGUUCUGAGUAUUCUUCGGUGUAUGACAGCAAAGCAGGCAUACAGCUGAGUAAGACGUUCUUUAAGGUUGUGAGCUGGUAUGACAAUGAGUACGGGUAUUCGUGUCGAGUGGCUGAUCUUGCGGAGUAUGUGUGGAACAGCAAAAAGUAAAAAAAGUGAAAAGUA